AGGUGUCUUUCGCCGGAAGUCCCUGUAGCCAUGUUAGCUAGCUUGUCACCGCUUCGCUAACUUCUGUGUGUUCAGUCAACCGAAGCUCCAGGUCUGUCCUCAGUCUGGGUUCUCCUCGGUUACGUUAAAUGAUAAAAACAUGUCGUGUCGUUUGUGAUGCUAUUGUAGAUAUUUACCAACCAGCGCUUUUUACCGGGAGCUAACUCUUCACCUCCUCCUCCACCUCCUCCUCCUCCUCCUCCUGGCUGUGAAACACCGCUAGCUGCGAUGUGAUUGUGCGGAGCUGCAGUGAAGGGAAGUUAUAAUUGACAUUAUCGCAGCUGAAUGGACUCAACACCCGCUCGUCCGGCUUCGUCUAACGCGUGAAUGCGGCUGUUCUCGACAGUUGAGCUCCGCGUCGGGAGGAAGAAGAACCGCUAGACUCCGUUUUUCUCCCCUUGGCGGCGGAAAUAACCGAAGAAGAAGAAGAAGGGAGCGCAUCCCCACACAGACACAAACAUGUCCUUCUUCAAUUUUCGGAAGAUAUUCAAGUUGGGGUCCGACAGGAAGAAGAAGCAGUACGAGCAUGUCCACAGGGACAUGAACCCGGAGGACAUUUGGGAGAUGAUCGGGGAGCUGGGUGACGGAGCGUUUGGGAAAGUGUACAAGGCUCAGAAUAAGCAGAACGGGACCCUCGCUGCUGCCAAGGUGAUUGACACCAAGACAGAGGAUGAACUGGAGGAUUAUAUGGUGGAGAUCGAAAUUCUGGCCUCUUGCGACCAUCAACACAUUGUCAAACUGCUGGAUGCCUUUUAUUUUGAAGGCAAACUUUGGAUCCUGAUUGAGUUCUGUGCGGGCGGCGCAGUGGAUGCCAUAAUGCUGGAACUGGAGAGGCCCCUGACAGAGCCUCAGAUCCGUGUAGUGUGUCGACAGACCUUAGAGGCCUUGAUUUACCUCCAUGAGAACAAGGUCAUCCACAGAGACUUGAAAGCUGGGAACAUUCUCCUCUCCUUGGAUGGAGAAGUGAAACUGGCUGACUUUGGGGUUUCUGCUAAAAAUACCAAGACGUUACAGAGAAGAGAUUCUUUCAUCGGCACUCCUUAUUGGAUGGCUCCCGAGGUAGUUAUGUGUGAAACGUCCAAGGACCGUCCGUACGACUACAAGGCCGAUAUCUGGUCCCUCGGGGUAACCCUGAUAGAGCUGGCACAGAUUGAGCCGCCCAACCACGAGAUGAAUCCCAUGAGAGUGCUGCUGAAAAUAGCCAAGGCCGAGCCUCCCACACUUAUGCAUCCCUCUCGCUGGUCACCAGAAUUCAACGACUUUCUGCGGAAAGCACUUGAUAAGAAUGUGGACAAUAGGUGGGGCCCAAUACAGCUUCUACAGCAUCCCUUUGUCAGCAGUGUAACCAAUUGCAAACCUCUCAGAGAACUAAUAGCCGAGGCCAAAGCUGAAGUCACAGAGGAGCUGGAGGACAGCAAAGAGGAGGAAGAGGAGGAAGAACCUGAUACACCUCAGACUGUUCCUGGGCACAAGCGUGCACCAUCAGAUGUCAGCAUGGCCAGCUCAGAGGACGAUAAAGCUGCACAAACUCCCUCCACUCUGGAAUCUGUUACAGAAAAGAUGGAGGUAAAGCCUGCUGCGGACGGGACCAGUGAUAAACUCUCAGAUGAAGGACUUGGAACAAGUAAGGUAGACAAGACUGAGGAGGAGAAACUCAAUGAGGUGUCUGAUGCCAGUAAUGAAGGCCUGGCCUCUCAGACAGCAGAGCCCACCCAGGACUUGGUCACUCAAGAUCUUACAGAGAAUAAACCAAAAGAUGAACUAGGUGAAGUGAUUCCUGAGGGGCCUGUAGUAGCAGAGCCUGAAGAGAACUUAGAUAGUUUAGACCUAUACACAGAUGGUCAGACAACAGAGGAAGAAGAGAAGGAGACACAAGAGGAGAAAACAAAGGAUGAAGAAGAAAUUAAGCCUGAGGAUUUGAAAGAACAAGAAGAAAAAGAAAAACAAGAAGCAGGUACAGACGAAUCCACAAAAUCACAAGAGCAACCUGGAGAUACACAAGAGAAACCAGAACCUAUUACAACAGAUGUAGCACAGGCAGGAGAAGAAAACAAAGAACCAAGUGUGGAGACACCUCAACACAAAGUGACAGUUACAGUAGAAGACUCAGUAAAUGUCACAGAUGCGAAUGUAGACAAAGAGAAUAUAGAAUCAAAUCUAAAGGACGCCAAUGUAAAUGGAGAAUCAGAGCCAAAGUUGAAAGUGGAUCCCUCCACUGACAUUUUGUUAGAGAAGCAGACCAAAGAAAAUCAGCCUGGAGAAAAGCCUGAGGAUGAGGCCCCUGAGGGGGCAGAGCAGCCUGAACAAGAUAAUCAGACUGGAGAGAAGGUUGAACUGGAGAAAGAGGCAACAACUGAAUCCACAAAUGGAGUCAGCAAUGAAGUCAAAGAAGCCUCUGAAGAACCAGAACCAGUGCAACCAUCAUCUAAAGACAUCCCCGUGAAGGAGGAUGAGGAAAAAACUAGCUGUGCUGAUGAGAGCACUUCUCAAGAUGCUGUUUCUGUCCCAGAGAGCGAAACCGACUCUGAAACCAAGACGGAGCAAGGAAGUCCUGCUGUGAUCAAGUCAGAUGUGGAGAAGGACUCUGACUCUGGAAGCAGCUCCGCUGCUGAUAGUAACAGCCUUGACCUUAAUCUGUCCAUCUCCAGCUUCUUGUCCAAGAGCAAAGAAGGGGGCUCUAUUUCUAUGCAGGAGUCGAGACGUCAGAAGAAGACUCUGAAGAAAACACGUAAAUUCAUGGUGGAUGGUGUGGAGGUCAGUGUGACGACAUCAAAGAUAGUGACCGAUAAUGACGCCAAGAGUGAGGAGAUGAGGUUCCUGAGGCGGCAAGAGUUGCGAGAGCUGCGCCUCCUGCAGAAAGAGGAGCAGCGGGCCCAGCAGCAGCUGAGCAACAAGCUGCAGCAGCAAAGAGAGCACAUCUACCGGCGCUUUGAACAGGAAACUACUUGUACCAACUCCUAG